GGGCGCUCUCCCGGCCCGGCCCGCCCCGGCGGAACGUUGUGUGUGCGGAACGCGCGGGCGCGGGGCGCGGUUCCGCGCCGGGCCGGCCCCGCCGCCAUGGCCGCGGAGCCGGCGGAGCUGAGGCGGCCCCGGCGGCCCCGGGAGCGGGCGGGGGGCGCGAAGCGGCCGCGGCGGGAGGAGCGGCCCCGGGAUGAGCCCCCGGCCGAGCCCGGAUACCUGGCGCUGGCCCGCGGGCUGCUGGCCGGCGGCGCCCCGGCCUUAGGCGGCCCCGCGCCCGCCCGCCCCGCCGGGGAGCCCGCCGGGGACGGAGCCGGCGAUGGCGACGAUCUGCUGGGGCAGCUCAUCCGAGACCUGAAUGAAAUCAAUGAGGUUCCUUUCUUCGACGUGCAGCUGCCCUAUGAGCUGGCACUGAAGAUAUUCCGCUACCUGGGCAGGGCUGAGUUGGGAAGGUGUGCUCAGGUCAGCAGGACGUGGAAAAUCCUUGCAGAGGACGAAGUGUUGUGGUACAGGCUGUGCCAGGAGGAGGGAUACCUGUUGGACAUGAGCAUCUCGGAGCAUUCCUGCUGGAAACUGGCCCUCAAGAACUGCCGGGCCAGGGAGCGCACGCUGAAGUACAACUGGAAGAACCGGAUCGGAGCCGUGAGCCAGCUGAGGUACGAGCUGGGGAAGGUCCUGUGUGACGUGCAUUCCUGCGAUGGAGUUGUCAUUGCUGGAUACACCUCAGGAGAAGUGAGGCUGUGGGACACUCGCACCUGGGACUACACAGCCCCCGUCCUGGAAGCAGUGCAGGGUCCUGGCGAUGCUGGAGCUCGGCCACACGUCUCCUUUGUGAGGAUAAACAGCUCCCUGGCUGUGGCAGCUCACGAGGACGGGACCGUGAGUGUCUGGAACCUGCUGCUGGGGCGGGAGCCAAUCCAUCACUACCAGCACAACCAGAAGAUCCAGGCGCUGGCCCUGGGGCCGGAGGGCGCAGCCGUGGCCACGGCGUCGGGCUUCGAGGUCAAGGUGGAAAGGCCCGAUGACAGAGGAUUCUGGCACACCACAGCAACGUUUGAGAUCCAGAAGCUGGUCAACUUCCUUGAUCUGGUUCCAGAUGUUACAGGGAGCCCGGUGGCAGUGGCAGCUGCAGAGGACAUUGUGUAUCUCCUGAAAGCAGAAGAGCCUGGCAAAAUCCUCCACUCUGUCUAUGGCCAGCCUGUCACCUGUCUGGAUGUGUCUGCCCAGGAAGCUGCCUUUGGGAUCAAAACCUUUGGCUGGUUGUUGAAUGAGCCCAACCAGAUCCUUCUUUACAACCUGGAAACAAACCAGUGCCUGACCAAGGUGGGCAACUCCAUAGGUGACUUCACGUGUGUCAACCUCCACGACAGCCCUCCCCACAUGCUCGUUGCGGGCAACAAGGACAGGAGGGUCAGGGUGUUCGACCUGCGCCAGGGCGAGUCCGUGUGCUCCCUCUAUGCCCACCAGCUGGGAGUGUCUGCGGUGCAGAUGGACGACUGGAAGGUGGUCAGUGGAGGAGAAGAGGGCCUGGUGUGCGUGUGGGACCAGCGGAUGGGCACCAAGCUGUGGGAGAUGCACGCCAGGCAUCCAGUUCGCCACGUGUGGUUCAAUUCUCACAGUCUCAUCACGGCAAACAUCCCUGAGGAGAGGAAUCCUCGGGGCAGCAGCAGCACGGACGACGACCCCGCCGUGCACCGCAAGUACCGAGGGAUCAUUUACUCCUACGAGUUCUCAGGGGAGCAGCUGGCGGGGGACAGUGUCCUGCCCAUCUGCCGCUCGUCCUACGACGAGCUCACGGGCUACAGCUACAACAUCGGCCUGGCCGUGCCCUACGACAGCAUUUAGGGGCUCCUGGGGGGCCAGGCAGGACAAAUCCACGUGGGACAAGCCCCUCAGAGGGGGGUGUUGGCUGCAGGACGACGGGCUGGGAUUUGCCGGAACAGGGGGAUACAAAGCCGGGCAGUUCAAGGCUGCCCUGGAGCACAUCCCUGGAAUGUGGUGCUGUCCACCCUGGUGGAGGGGACAGGGAACAUGAACAUCACACUGCAGGCUGAACCAAAAUCCUGCUGCUUGUGGGAAAGGUGCUACUGGUCCCACCCUGGCAGGGGACACGCUCAGGAAGCCGGAGGGGCACACUGUGAGGGGUGGGAGCACACCCAGGAGUUCCUGCCUGCACCGAGUGGGGGAUAAAAAAGCCCACCAGGCACUUGGGGAAAGCAUGUUGCUGAGCCACAUGUUUGGUAUUUGUGUCCUGGUAAUGAGCUGCUCGUGCUUGUUUUCCCUGGAAUGCACUGGAAUGUGUCAAGGAAUGGGAGGACCACGCACAAAAGGUUGGGAGAGUGGAAGGUGAUGGAGAGAGGGAGGGGAAGGUUGGCCCGGGCCAGACUGGAUGCUUGGGAACUCAGCAGGCCACACACAUCAGAAUUAUUUUAAAAUGAAUUAUUUUUUUAAUCCCCUGAAACUCUGGAUUAAAUAUUUUUUAAUUGCCUGCGUACACGUGUUUGUGGGAUUUUGUUCCUGAGUCUUGCAGGGUGAACCAGCCCCAUGCACUGGAACAAAGGUGUGUCCUCUGCUGGAUCGUGUCCUUCCACAGCACCUGGAGGGUUUCCCCAGGUCCUUGGGGCUUGGUUUCUGAUGCUGUCCCUGCUUCCCAGCUGGGAAUUGAUCCUGAGCUGGCCCCAGUGUCCCUGCCCAGGUCACCAGUGCUGUGGAGGAGCCCCCAGGCUGAAGGGACACUCACCCUAAACCCAGGUGGCACUGACACAGGGGAAACCAGCUUGGAGAACAAGAGCCCCAGCCCUGGACCUGUUUCACUCCUUUAAAACAGCUCUGUGGUUGUGGUUUGCCCUUGUAAACUUAACUGGUGCAAACCAAAGCCAUGCCAGUUCUGUUAACCAAGGUUAAGUUUUAACUGAACAUCUUUUUGCUGGAUUGAUGGAAUCCAUGUGAAAGUGCCAGGGAGGGGUGAAGGAAUGUGCCCAAACCUGCAGGAGAGGGGCUGGGCUGUCACUUCAGCCCUUCUCCAGGCACUGGAGAGCUUCCUGCUGCCCUCCUGGCUGGAGAGCAGCGUUUCCUUCUUUGGCUUGGGCUGGUUUUCCAUGACCCCUGAGCCAAAUUUCUCAUGUUCUUGGUUUUUAACACUUGGCUUUUUCCUUGUGAUGGAUAACAAGCAGUGCAAGAGGCGAAGUCAUUCUGUCUGACCAAUAAAUCUGAUCUUUCAUAAA